CCAGUCUGUGCGUAGCCGAGAAGGGCGAAAUAACAGCCAAGCAGCGGCAGGAGCAGCGCUGUUCUCAGACACAGUCACAUAAACAGCAGCCAGGGUAGGCCUCCUCCCUUCCGAAGCAGCAGACUGCAGCCUGGUGAGAUGCAAGGCUCUGAGGUCUGAAAAUCUCCGGAGGAGAGCAUGGCUACUGUAAAAGCCUUGCUCAGAAACCCCAGCGAUCUGGACAGGCUCAACUCCACAUUAGCAAGAGUUCCUUUGGGAAGAGAAAGGCUACCUUUUCUAGAUUUCUGCCAGUAGGCAGCCCCCUUAAAGAAGAUCUCAAAUUACCUGUAAGAAAUUUUAUAAAGGCAGACAGAACAAAGUUUUGGCAUGCCUGCAGAAACAACAGUGUCUGUAAAAACUACCUAGAGACCGAAGCUAACUGAUCAUUUGCCCAUGGCUCUUACCUGGGAGUGGAAGGUGGGGAGAAAUGGACAGUGGCCGUGACGGCAAGACGAGGCACGGUGCAGCUUGGUGAAGCCACGCUCUGACUGCGUUCUGCCCCCUCUUCAUGCAGUGCUGCGGGCUGGUGCAUCGCCGGCGAGUUCGGGUGUCCUAUGGUUCGGCAGACUCCUACACCAGCCGUCCAUCCGAUUCAGAUGUGUCUUUGGAAGAGGACCGGGAGGCAGUACGUAGAGAAGCUGAGCGGCAGGCCCAGGCACAGUUGGAAAAAGCAAAGACAAAACCUGUUGCAUUUGCAGUUCGGACCAACGUCAGGUACAGCGCGGCCCAGGAGGAUGACGUCCCGGUGCCAGGCAUGGCCAUCUCCUUCGAGGCAAAGGAUUUUCUGCAUGUUAAGGAAAAAUUUAAUAAUGACUGGUGGAUAGGACGAUUGGUCAAAGAAGGCUGUGAAAUCGGAUUUAUUCCAAGCCCGGUCAAACUAGAAAACAUGAGGCUACAGCAUGAACAGAGAGCCAAGCAAGGGAAAUUCUACUCCAGUAAAUCAGGAGGAAAUUCUUCUUCCAGUCUGGGUGACAUAGUACCUAGUUCCAGGAAAUCGACACCACCAUCAUCUGCUAUAGACAUAGAUGCUACUGGCUUAGAUGCAGAAGAGAAUGAUAUUCCAGCAAACCACCGCUCCCCUAAGCCCAGUGCAAACAGUGUAACGUCACCCCACUCCAAAGAGAAAAGAAUGCCCUUCUUUAAGAAGACAGAGCACAUUCCACCUUAUGACGUGGUACCUUCCAUGAGGCCAGUAGUCCUAGUGGGCCCUUCUCUGAAGGGCUAUGAGGUCACAGAUAUGAUGCAAAAAGCACUGUUCGAUUUUUUAAAACACAGAUUCGAAGGGCGGAUAUCCAUCACAAGAGUCACUGCUGACAUCUCCCUCGCCAAACGUUCAGUAUUAAACAACCCCAGUAAGCAUGCAAUAAUCGAAAGAUCCAACACAAGGUCAAGCUUAGCCGAAGUUCAGAGUGAAAUUGAAAGGAUUUUUGAACUUGCAAGAACACUGCAAUUGGUAGUCCUUGAUGCAGAUACGAUUAAUCACCCAGCUCAACUCAGUAAGACCUCUUUGGCCCCUAUUAUAGUGUAUGUAAAGAUUUCUUCUCCUAAGGUUUUACAAAGGUUAAUAAAAUCUCGAGGGAAAUCGCAAGCAAAACACCUCAAUGUCCAGAUGGUAGCCGCUGAUAAACUGGCCCAGUGUCCUCCGCAGGAGUCAUUUGAUGUGAUCUUGGAUGAGAACCAGCUUGAGGACGCUUGUGAACAUCUCGCCGACUAUCUGGAGGCCUACUGGAAGGCCACCCACCCACCCAGCAGUAACCUCCCCAACCCUCUCCUUAGCCGAACAUUAGCCACUUCAGCUUUACCCAUGAGCCCCACCCUAGCCUCUAAUUCACAGGGUUCUCAAGGUGAUCAGAGGACUGAUCGCUCUGCUCCCAGGUCUGCUUCCCAAGCUGAAGAAGAACCUUGCCUGGAACCAGUCAAGAAAUCCCAGCAUCGUUCUUCUUCCUCAGCCACACACCAAAACCACCGCAGUGGGACAGGUCGCGGCCUCUCUAGGCAAGAGACAUUUGACUCUGAAACCCAGGAGAGCCGAGACUCUGCCUAUGUGGAGCCAAAGGAAGAUUAUUCACAUGAACACGUGGACCACUAUGCCCCACACCGCGAACAUAACCACAGAGACGAGACCCACAGCAGCAAUGGCCACAGACACAGGGAGUCUCGCCACCGCUCUAGGGACACGGGUCGAGAGCAGGACCACAACGAGUGCAACAAGCAACGGAGCCGGCAUAAAUCUAAGGAUCGCUACUGUGACAAGGAAGGGGAAGUGAUAUCCAAGAGAAGGAACGAGCCCGGCGAGUGGAAUAGGGACGUCUACAUCCGCCAAUGACCGUGUGUGUUCCUGCCCCCAAAUUUUGUAUAACAUCAUCCUUAAGCAAAAUCUCUGGGGGCUACAUUGCAACCAUCUGUGACCUGUCCUGUAUAUUGUAUUGCUGUUGCUUCAAUAGCAAUAGCAUGCAACCAAGUAUUAAUAUACAUUCUCUUGAAAGUACCACAUAAAUUGGCCUAGUACAGCUACAGUCCUCCAUCUUUAUCCCGGACUCUCCAAAAGCAGUUUGGGGCCGCUGCCACUUAACAGAGUGGCUUCAGAAAUGCAGUUAAUGUAUCCAGUGAGCCAGAUGCAGCACAGAUAACAAGUGGAAUUUCUCCAGAUUUUUAAUACCCAGAUACCUGACCCGUCAUUCUUUCAUGGACCACUGUUUCUUGCUUGUACCUCUGGCUGACUAAAUUUGGGGACAGAUUCAGUCUUGCCUUACACAAAGGGGAUUAUAAAGUUAGAAUCUAUUUUCUAUGUACUAGUACUGUGUACUGUAUAGACAGUUUGUAAAUGUUAUUUCUGCAAACACCUUAUUAUAAUUAUAUAUAAUAUAUAUAUAUAUCAGUUUGAUCACAAUAUUUUAGGGUAUUAAUGCCAAGUCAGCAGAUUUGCUUUAUGAAUCACAGGGACUAGAAAUGCCCACAUUCAGGAAAUUUCUAACAACACUGUCUAGACACCUCUCCCCAUUCUAGAAGAGAGCCUGUACAUAUUGUAAAUAUGUGUGGUUGUUUGACUUGAGGUUUGAUUUCUGAAUGUUAGCCCAUCCAUUUAAGUUUUUAAUUUUAACCAUAAAUUAUGGUGAUUAUAACCAAACCCCAGAGGAUUUUCUACUCCAUGCAGUCCACACUGAUUGUGACAAACACGUUUUUAGCAGCUAGUGUCUGUGAUAGUCACUGCACUGGAACCCGCCAUGUGCACGCGUGUGAGUGCGUGAGCGACUGGAGAAGUGGAAGGCAAACUCGAGGCUGACGGCCGAGUCCCGUCCACCUGGCUUAGGAUCUAAUUAUGUUCCAUGUUACUUUAAAACCCAUUGAGCAGCCAGGGAAUGUGAAGAAGCUUGCUGCCAAAGGUAACUAGGGAAGCACUUAUCUGCUGACUCCGUGCUGGAGCUCCUGACAAGAGAAAACACGGGCAUCUUGGACUGUGCGUGUUCCACUGGAAAUGUACAACCUUGUGUGUCAGCAUAUUUUGUUUUAGUAAGAAAUGUUUACACAGCUUGUGCAAUUAUUUCGUAGGGAAAUAAAUUUUUAUAACUUAU